AUGAGUCAAAAUACUGAACUUACGGAUCUGCUGUUGCAGCUUCAACAGCCAAAUCCCGCCAUGCAAAGUUUGGCACGAUCAGAACUUUACAAACCGGCCUCGCGCACUCUGACCAUCGAGGAAACUACCAGACUGACCUACCAGAGGGCGAAGGCUUUGACCAAUGCACAUGGCUUGACUCUCAAGGACAUUUUAUGUAUUACUCCUAAAUUCUGGAAGCUUCACUGGGACCCUCUGUUGGCUGUUGACGGUGGUGCUUUUACCCUUGCUAGUAUUCAGUGCAAUCUUUUUGUUGGAACGCUAGCUCCUUUUGCCAUGAACCGUCCAGAGCUUUUACCAAUCCUCCAAUCUGCUUUAGAAUUUGAUAUAUCUGCCCAAUUUAUGUUGACGGAAGUUAAUCACGGCUUGGAUGCACGGAACAUACAAACCACAGCAACGAUUCUGCCUGAUGGUGAUAUCGACCUCCACACACCUUCUCCAAAUGAUGCAAAGGUCAUGCCCCCAACUACACCGAGAGGUGGCAUUCCGACAGUUGCAAUUGUGAUGGCUCGACUCGUGAACGGAGAUAAAGAUUGCGGGAUUCGACCAUUCCUUGUCCAACUCGGAAACGGAAAGGAGAUGUGCAAGGGUGUUAUCUCAAAGGCUCUGCCUCCACGAACUGGUGCUCACCCCGUUGAUCAUGCGCUGACAUAUUUUGACCACGUUCGUCUACCCGGGUCUGCUUUGCUGGGUAGUGCAGAAGAGUCAGAGAACAAGCGCGAUGGUUUCUUAUCCUCGAUCCAUCGCGUCGCAGUGGGAACUCUCUUCCUCUCGGCGUCUGUGAUUCCAUGCCUUAAAUUGGCUGCCUUCAAUGCCGCUCAGUUCAGUCAAAACCGGAUUGUCAGCGGCCCAGGCGGAAAUCCAGUUUCAGUUAUCGAGUUCCGAACACAGCAAAUGCCCAUCCUCCAUGCUGUGGCACAGUACCAUGUGCUAGAAGCCUACUUCGUUUCUGCGGCAAUUGCGUUCCGAGAGCAGAAUGUAGAUCCCAGAGUGCGACAUGGUAUUGCCACUGCCUUCAAAGCGGCAGCACUCGGUCAUUUCACCAGAAGUGUGAAGGAGAUGAAUGAGCGAUGUGGUUGGCACGGACAUUAUGAAAAUAACCAGCUCCUUCAGAUGGAGCUUGAAAUGCGGGGCGCAUCGACUGCAGAGGGUGAUAUCCGGGUUCUUGCUAUCCGACUCGCUUCUGAACUUUUGAUUGAUCGGUACCAAAUGCCACCACCGAAAGAUCCCAAUAGCCCCAUUGCUCGACACGAAGCGUCUUUAUUCUUGGAAGCGAGAACACUGCUUCAACAAGGUGCCAACGGAGCUCACAGAAGCGAGGUAUUCAAUCGCGAUAUCCUACCACUCGCCCUUCCACUGGUGGAAGCGAUUGGCCACAGAAUGGCUUAUGAAGCAGCUGUGAAUGCUGAUAUUGAUCUUACGCUGUUGAAUUUAUACGAGAGCGGUGUUAUUAGGGAAGACUCUGCAUGGUACGUCGAGCAAGGUGGCCUCAGCAGGGCAAUUCAGCGUGAGAUGGAAGCCCAAGCGGCGGAUGAAUUGCUUCCUCGGCUGAAAGAUAUUUUGAUGGUUUCUGGCAUCCAGCCAUAUAGCAAUGCCCCGAUGACUUCAAAGACUCUUUGGAAUGAUUUUGUUUCCGGGCUGGAGGUCUUUUCAGGAGAUGCGCCUCCAGACCUUCUCAACUUUUGA